AUGCUGAGCAGGCAGCUGGCAGCGCAGGCGCCCGCCUGGCUGCGGGCGGCGGGGGCGCGUGGCGCGGCGGCGGCGGCGGGCGAGGUCGUCCCGGUGAAGGGGAGGAGCGAGGACGGCAUCACCACCACCGUGCCCGGCCAGGCCUUUGUGGGGGACCUGCGGUCCACCAGCGCGCUGGCGGGCGAGCACAAGAGCCCCAUGGAGUACAUCCAGAGCACAGAGCCGAUCAAGGUCCACGGCCUGGUGGUGGCCUCCUACGGAUACGACGACCCUGCCCUGGGCUGCCCUGUCGAGUACAUCAACCUCAAGGGGACCACCCGCGACAACCCCGCCGUGUGCAAGUACACAGGGAACAAGUUCUAUUCCGACGACUGGGUGGGCGGCGGGGCCCACUAG